AUGACUGCCCCCUACAGCGCCCUAACGACGGCACCGCCGCAACGUUCGCCGCCGCCCCAACCACGUCGCCUCCCCCCGUUCUCUCCCCGACCUGGACGUCAUCCGCCCCCGUUGCGCCCCGCCCUCAACGUUCCCCGCGCCGCCCCGACGCCCGUCACCUCCUCGACCCCGACGCGCCACGUCGCCGCUCGCCGGACUGCCUGCCCCGCCUCUCCAUCGCCGGACCGCCCCUGCACCUCCCUGAGCUCGCAUGCGACCCUACCCGUGAGCGCCGUCUGCCCUCCUCUCUCCCCGUUGCCGGAUCCGGCCCGCGCCCGCGCUCACGACGCCCCAGUCUCCCCGUCGCGCUCCCGCCUUCGCUCGCGCACCGGCUACGCCCGGGCUGUGCCCGUGCAUGCGCCCCCACCCACUGCUGUAGCUGCAGCUACUGCACCUGCCCCCAUGCCGCUAGCCCUGCAGCCAUUCCUGCUGGCCCCGCCGCUCGCCGGCGCUGGCCGCCCCUCCCGCCGACCUCGCUGGCUGUCGGCGCCCCGUCGCCCCGCCUGGUCACGACCUCGCCCCCAUGCCCGAGCGGGCUAA